UGCGAUACAGUGAAUCGCCAUGUAUUUUUGCAAAUGCAAGUUGCAUAAAGGUCUCUAGCCUCCAAAGCAAGAGAAGACCACCCAGCAUUCAAAAUUUUGUAAGGACAAUGCAGAGAGGCCUGGAAAUAGUUUUGCUAUUUGCGAAUAUAAUUGCAAUUUCUAACGGAUCGCCAGAACACUGCAAACCUAAAGUUGCUAUAAUCGGAGGAGGCAUUGGCGGUGCCUCGGCCGGGCAUUUCAUCAGCGAAUUAUUUGAAAAUGUCGUGGACAUUGACUUAUUCGAGGCCAACAAGAUAGGUGGACGAUUAGCGACGGUGAUGCUGCAAAAUAAUCAGUAUGAAGCUGGAGGAUCUAUUAUUCACAAUCGCAAUCAACUGAUGAAAGAUUUCUCGGAACUUUUAGGAUUGCAGAGAAGACCCAGUUCCACUGCCGACCUCUACGGUGUAUGGAAUGGGGACGAAUUUAUUUUCCAAGAGAGUAAUUAUGAAGUAAUGACUCUCGCGAAAUUAAUCUAUCGUUAUGGCAUGGACCCCGUUCACCUCUACAGAUACGUCAAUUCUGUGUUGGACGACUUUGAUAAAAUAUAUGAACUUCAGAAUGAUAGACGUGGAUUUGUGAAUGUAACUGAGCUAUUGGCUGCCAUGAAUCCAAACUUCCCGAAGAUGCUACAAAUAUCUAUGAAAGAUCAGUUGAAAAACCUGGGAUACUCUGAUCGGUUUAUCGAUGAAUUAGUGAAAGCAACACUGGUGGUGAAUUAUGGACAAGAAACUGAUGUGCAGAGUUUCGUCGGUUGUGUAUCUGUCGCGGGAGCUGGAUCCGCCUUGUGGUCUGUCAAAGGUGGCAACAGGAAGGUGGCUGAGGGACUCAUUAACAAGCACCAACACAUACGAACAAGACCUUAUAUAGUUGAAAAGAUCACUUAUAAUUCGGAGUAUGACUGGUCUACUCAAAUGUUAUCAUCUCCGAAUUAUCCAUAUACUCUCACCUAUAGAAAAAAGGGAGAACCCAAUGUACAGAUAGACAAAUAUGAUAUAGUAAUUAUCGCUACGCCUCUGACAUCCGACCAAGGCAUGUCAAUCGCCUUUGCCAAUUUUCCCAACAAUGAGGAUUUUAUAUUUCCGGGGAGUUAUCAGACAACAUACGCCACUUUCAUCGAAGGCCAGUUGAACACCACCUAUUUCGGUGUUGAUGAAUCGAUUCAAGGAAUCUUAAGCUGCAAUCCCGAGAAAACGAUCAUAAGUUCUGUGGGAAAAUUGAGUUCGGUUGAAGGAGAGGAUUCCAAUGUUUGGAAAAUAUUCACCAGGGAAUCCUUAAGUUCGGAAAUGAUAACGAAAAUGUUCUCCAAGGUCAAUGAUAAAUCUAGUCCGAUAGAGUACGAAUGGAAAGCUUAUCCAAAGUAUUCUAUAAACGACAAACCAGGAAAUUUCAAGCUACAUAAAGCAUUAUAUCAUGAGAAUGCUAUAGAAUGGGCUGCUAGCGCUAUGGAAAUGAGCGCAAUCGGAGGAAGAAACGUUGCAAUUUUAGCAUACAAUGAUUACACGGACCGUUGUACGAGAUUGAAAGGAUUUAGAUCGACGCAACGAAAACUCAAUUCUAAAAUCGAAUUGUAGUGAUCAAUAUUUGAUCGAACUGAUGGAAUCUAUCAAAUAUGUUCUGGUAUUUUGGAUACUGUAACACUGAUAAAUCUACACUGACUUAAAUACUGAACGCACAAAAGUAAAAUAAAAUUUUAUACGUCAAUUGGGCCAUUGUUGGACUAUUAGAUAUGUUAAUUGCAAUCAUAAUUAUCAAUCGCAGAAUUCAUGGUAAGUACCCGAUGAGAAGUUAACAUAGUAAUCGUGAUUAGUGCUGAUAAGAACUUUACAAUUUUGUUUUCGA